AAAUUCAAUAAGUAUUGCAAGUUCUUCCUUAAAAGGAAGUACUCUCUAAGAGAACUAAUAGAUAUUAUUAUAUCCUGGGAAAAAGUAUAUUCUGGCUAUAUUAGACAGAUCGAACUCCGAGCGCUUGAGCAGGCCAAAGGUAACUUCUUAGGCAGGCUGGACCUGCUAUAUAUAUUUAUUACCGAGAUACUAAGUAUACCAGAAUUAGCUUGGGAUAAUGGAUCUAAUACGUGGUACUCUGACGAAGAAGAAGCAUUAUAUAAGCUUAUAAGCAGUUAUAUAGCUACCUUAACCGAGAAAGAUAGGUAUAUAGAAUCGGGGACAAAUAAGUUAUUCUUUGUAUUAAUUCGACCUGGCGCCGAGAAACUGGUUAGUAUCUUUCCUAUUAUUCCCGUAUUUCCAGGCGACCUUUUGGGUAUUUUCUCUGGCAAGAUUCGAUUCUCGGAGUACUAUAAUAUUGCGUAA